AUGUCAACAGCCGCAGCAUCGGGCAAGCUUGCCAGCACGAUCAGCACCAACAUCUCGAGCCUCGCUUCCAAGGCCGUAGCCUCCACGUCAACGCAGCAAUCGCUCAUGCAGUCGGUCAAACGCAUUAUCCCGCCGCUGACUUCUGCCAAGCACAAAGGACAAGCCGGACGAAUCGGAAUCGUGGGAGGCAGCCGCGACUACACAGGCGCGCCGUUCUUCGCGUCCAUGUCCUCGAUGCGCUUCGGGUGCGACAUGUCGUACACGAUCUGCUCGCCCGAAGCAGGUAACGUGAUCAAGACUUACUCGCCGGACCUGAUCGUCAACCGCCUUCUCGACCCCGAGGCGCCCUGGUCGGAAGUGGAGCGUUCCGUGGACGAGUUGUUCCAGCGUUUCCACGCCGUGGUGGUGGGACCGGGUUUGGGGCGGGACGAGUUCAUGCAGAAGUGCGCAAAGCUGUGUAUUGGGCUGGCGAGGAAACACGACAUGUAUAUUGUGGUGGAUGCGGACGGGUUGUGGCUGCUGCAGAACGAGCCGGAGGUGAUCCAGGGAUACGAGAAAGCGAUUCUCACGCCGAACGUCGCCGAGUUCGCGAGGCUGUGCGACAAGCUGGGUGUGGAUGCCAAACAGGACCCGGAUCAGGCGGCCAAGAAGCUCGCGGCUGCGCUGCAGGGACCGACGAUCCUCGAAAAGGGCAAAGUGGACCGCAUUACCAACGGCACGGAGGUGCUGUACGUAGACACAGAAGGCGCGCUCAAACGAUGCGGUGGCCAAGGCGACAUCCUCGCCGGCUGCCUAGGCGCGUUUGCAGGAUGGGCCAAGAUCUACCACGAAGACCACCCGGACCUCGCCGCCACCUCGACCGACGCAGAAGGCGAUCUCAUCGCUCAAGACCGACUGCUACUGUUGGCGGGAUACGGAGCUGCGCUGACCGCGAGAGAGUGCAGCCGCCUUGCAUUUGCCAAGCACAAGAGGGCCAUGUUGGCCGAUGACCUGCUGCCAGAGGUGGGCAAUGCGUACGAAGAACUUUGGUCCGAUGUGCAGGCUUUGCUUUGA